CCAUUUCAUUCCACAUAUUUAAACCAAUUUACAUCCAAAUUCUCUCAUCUAGCAAUGACGGCUAUGCUUAUGAAGGUGUCAUGCGCAGUGGUCUUGCUGGUGGUUUACAUGGGGUUGCUGACGCCGGAGGUGGAAGCUGUGACAUGUGGUCAGGUGGUGGGCGCCGUGGCACCAUGCCUUGGCUACCUAAGGAACGGCGGAACUCCUCCACAGCCGUGCUGUACUGGAGUUAGAGGGCUUAGGAAUGCGGCUAGAACCACCAGUGACCGUAAGACCAUUUGCAAUUGCCUGAAGAGUGCUUCUUCGUCUUACCGUGGUGUUAGUGGUAAUUACGCCGCUAGUCUCCCCGGAAAAUGUGGUGUCAACUUACCCUACAAGAUCAGCCCCUCCACCGACUGCAAUAGGAUCCAGUGAAGAGGAAAUAUUGAAGAAGCAAAAAUGUGGCAUUGAGGCAUACUUGUACUAUCCCGGCAAUAAAGUCAUAAUUCCCUACUUAGGAACCAAGACCGAGACCAGUCUCUUAAUAAUUUGGUGUAUUUGUUGUUGCUCAGUAGUAACGAUUUCUACUUUGAAAUCUAUGAGUAUGUGAUGUGAAAGGAAAUGCACUUCCUUACAAGGAUUACAUUAUAUAUUUUAUUUUGAAUAUGUCCAAUAUCGUGAAAAUAAUGUAAUGAUUUUCAAUC